AUGCAACAGAGUGGGGUGCAAAAGAAGCUCCCCAAGGUGAACGCCAAGCUGGCCGCGCAGCUGAUGCAACAGAGUGGGGCAGAGGCGGCAAGGGAGGAGGGAGGGGAGGACGAGGAGGACGAGGAGGAGGAAGGGGCGGGUGGGAAGGCGCGGAAGCAGCGCAAGGCUGCUGCCAGCGCUCUAGCCGACCCUCGCUUCGCCUCGCUGUUCACUGAUCAGGCGUUCCAAGUGGAUGAGGACUCUCAAGAGUACAUGGCUGUGCAUGGAGGCAUGGGGUGGAGGAACAUAGGAGAGAAAGUUUUGAGACGUCUCAAAACUACACUUUUAUCACGUGUGCAUGGAGGCAUGGGGUGGAGGAACAUAGGAGAGAAAGAGGCUUUCCAAGUGGAUGAGGACUCUCAAGAGUACAUGGCUCUGCAUGGGGGCAUGCGGGGAGGAGCGGAGGAGAGGCGGCAGCAGCAAAAGCGGGAUAAGGAGCUUCUAGAGGAGCAUUUCGAAAUGGUGGAAGGGGAAGAGGAGGAGGAUGAUGAGGAUGAGGAUGAGGGAGAGGAGGCGGGAGAGGAAGAGGAUGAGGAUGAGGGAGAGGAGGAGGGGGAUGAGGAGGAGGAGAGGGGUGGAAGCGGGAAGAGGAGGUUGGUGCAGGGAGGAAAGGAGGAGGGUGUGUCACGGAAGAGAGGGGCCAAGGAGCCAAGGCUCUACGAAGCGAGAGACGACGUGCAUGCAGCAGCCUUCAGAAACCGCCAAAGCCUCGCCGCCCAGAAGAACCUGCCCCUGGAGGAGAGAAUCGCACAGCUCCCGCAUUCGUCUGCUAGCGGCCAAGGCGCCGCUCAUGGCGUUCCUGUAAGGAGGGCGGGCGGCGCGGUGGAGUUUACUGUUUCGAUGCACGCGCUCUCAUUGGCCAGCGCGAAUCUGUACGACAUCGUUCAGGCGCUGGACCCGAGUGUGAUGUCGCAGAUCCCCGUGGCGAUUCUGGGUGACAUCUCGCGCGACACGAUGGUGAGUGUUGGCUUGGUUAACUCCGUUGAACUGCAUUCGCGGAUCCCCGUGGCGAUUCUGGGCGACAUCCCGCGCGACACGAUGUCGACUCCAAAGUCAGCUCUUCCAUCGCGUUACUCGUGCUCCUCCCCACAUCCCUCCUUCCCCUCCUCUAGGUGUGCGACUCGAUGGCGGUGCAGCAGCAGUGCGGCCAGUUGCUUGAAGAUCUCGUGUGCGACUUCACUUACUCUUCUAUUACCACUUACAACCGUACCACACCGCUCCUCAUCCCCACCGAAUCAGGUGUGCGACUCGAUGGCGGUGCAGCAGCAGUGCGGCCAGCUGCUCGACGACCUCGUAUGCGCCGCAACGUGCGACCCCUACGCGGGCAAUUACGUAACGGUCAACGAGUUCGUGGGAUCCACAGAGGUGGCUGUGUGCCUCCGAGAGGCGGAGGCCGUCUUUGAAGCGUGCAAGGACAUUCUCUUCAUUUCCACGUCUAAAGGCGCAACCCUUGAUCUCACGCCGUACUUCCCUGACGCGCGCACCUUCAUGACUCAAAUCGUGGGGGGCAUUCUGCGAGUCGUCAUGGGCAACGACAAGGUCCAAAUCGUGCUCACCAGUACCAACUGCAUUGCAGGCAACACCAACGUCUACCCAGAGGCCACAUCCUGCUGUGACACCUUCUCUUCGGUCCCCGACACUUGCACAGUCCCCAACGAAUUUACCGACCUCCUCAACCGCCCCACUCCCCCCGCCUGCCUCGCUGCCACCACCACCCCUCCCGUCAACACUCCCGUUCCUGCCCCCACCCCUGCUGUUAACCCUGUCCCUUCCACUUCCCCUGUUCCUGUUGAACCUGCUUUGCCCAGCACUGCUGCUCCUCAGGCUUCCCCCAGAAUCUCACCCACUCCCUCAGUGCCCAAAACACCAUCUCUACCCUCUUCUCCCUCUCCCCCUGCCUCCACUACUCCCUCUCCUUCAUUGGACUCCCUUCCACCUUCCUCGCCCUCCCCACCUCCCCCUCCCUCCCCUCCCAAAGCUGCUUCCCCUCCUGCUGCUGCUGCUUUUGUAUCCAUAAUAAGCUGCCUCGUUUGUGGGGUGAUGGCACUGCUCGCGCCUGCACUCCUCUGA